UCCAUCUCUGACAGUCUGGACGAGGACCUGGUCCAGGCCACCAUGGAUAGAUUGGAGCUAGAGCUGGGCGGGGAGAUUCUCUUCGAUAUGAACCUAUUCGAUUAUGAAACUGGCUUGAAUCAUAAGAUUAAGGAUGCUGUAAGUGUACUUGAAGAAGAAAGUUUGAGAUUUGAGCAUAACAAUCUACAGUUCCAGUCAACUUCAACAAUAAGAGGGAACAGAGCAGAUACAGUAAUCUGCACCAACAUUGGACCUAGUCUAGUAGAACAGGGGUUUAUUGUCUUUAGGGGAGGCUUGAAGAUGAUAUAUGAAGAUCAACCCUGUUAUCCAGUUCCUCUUCAGUCAUCACAAUGGUGUCUAUAAAUACAUUUAUGCAUAAAAAUAGAAAAUAAAUUUUUGCUAAUGCUCAUGCAACUGAAAUAUGACAAAUAUUUCCGUAUUAAAACUUUCUUCAAGACAGAAUACCAAAUGUAAUCUGUUGAUUGCUAUGUUUCACAAGUUCAAGGUUGUUAUUAAAGUCUUAUUUUUUGUGAAUAACCCUGAAUAGUAAGGGUCUAAAACAAACUUUUAACCCGUCAAAUUAUUAACAAAACUAAAGCUUUAAUCUAAAAGGUGUUUUUAAAGUACGCUGCAGGGUUACCUACAAAGAGCAGAGACGACUGUACGGAAUUUUAUCAGCUUAUUUCCUGAUUUUGAUGGUGCCCUGUAGCUUUAAAUUUGUUGCUUAAAUCACCAAGUCAUUUAAUUUUCAAAUUUUCAAAUUUUCAGAAUUAAAAAAGUUGCAGGUCGUCAUUACAAUUUCAUCCUUUGUAGAUAAACCACGUAUAUAUCUUCUGAAAAAUUGUUACCAAGGAUUUACAAUAAAAAAUUAUUGUACUUUU